CAGUGUUCAAUCGACUGUGGGCAUUUGCAGUCCGCUUUUUGUAUCGCAGGUUAAGAGAUCGAAGAUCAACCAGCUGUUGCGAUGAACCGCCGCCUUCCCGGAGCCAUAAGCCAGUGUCAGAGACUUCUCCUAGCCACCCACAACCAUGCUCCAACGGCCUUCUCCUCCAGAUUCCUGUCCACAUCUAGAGUGAACCGCGAGCGGCAAGAAUGCCAAGUGUUGGUUGUGGGCGGUGGCACCGGUGGGUGUGCCAUGGCAGCCAAGUUGUCCUCGCGUCUAGGGAGCAACAAGGUGGUCGUCCUGGAACCGGAAGAAAAACAUUACUACCAACCCAUGUUCACCCUGAUAGGAGGGGGUAUGAAGAGAUUGGAUCAGAGUCACCGGCAAAUGGCUGAUGUGCUGCCCAAAAAGGCCAAGUGGGUGAAGGAGAAGGCGCUGGAGUUCGAUCCGGAUAAUAAUACGGUUAGCACUUCUGGUGGCAAGACCAUCAAGUACGACUUUUUGAUCAUUGCCACCGGACUGCAACUCAAUUAUAAAAAGAUACCUGGACUGGUGGAGGCUCUCGAGACGCCCGGUAGUAAUGUUUGCUCCAUCUACUCGCCCAAGUACGUGGAUCAGGUGUACGAAUGCCUGCGUAGGACCAACAAAGGAAAUGCUAUAUUCACCUUUCCCAAUUGUCCCAUCAAGUGUGCAGGUGCACCUCAGAAAAUCGCAUACAUAUCAGAACACUACUUUAGGAAGAUGGGUCGUCGCAACAACGUCAAUAUCAUCUACAACACAUCGCUUCCCGUGAUUUUUGGAGUUAAGCAUUAUGCAGAGGCCCUGAUGAAACUAAUCAAGAGGAGAAAUAUCACGCUUAAUGUCCAAAGAAAUCUCAUUGAAGUGAGACAUCGCGAUAAUAUAGCCGUGUUUGAGGAUCUCACAAAACCUGGAGUGCACUAUGAGGAAACGUACUCCAUGCUCCAUGUGACUCCCCCAAUGAGCGCUCCGGAUGUGGUGGCCAAUUGUAAGAAGCUGGUGAACCCCUCUGGCUUUGUGGACGUCGACCAAAUGACGCUGCAGCACAACAAGUACAGCAACGUGUUCUCCAUCGGCGAUUCAUCGUCCAGUCCCAACUCGAAGACUGCCGCGGCGGCAGCUGCCCAGUCACCGGUUGUGUUCAGGAACGUGAUGGCGGUGAUCGAGGGCAAGGCCCCAACGGAUAUCUACGAUGGGUACUCGUCCUGCCCCAUCGUCACCGGCUACAGCUCAUGCAUCCUGGCGGAGUUUGACUACAACCUCACCCCCGUGGAGACCUUCCCAUUGGACCAGUCCAAGGAGCGGUACUCCAUGUUCUUCAUGAAGAAGGAGCUGAUGCCCCUGCUCUACUGGAAGCUCAUGAUGAACGGGUAUUGGAACGGACCAUCACUCAUGCGGAAAAUGUUCUCAAUUCUAAAGUUUAAUAAAAAGCCAUAAGCACUACAAA